AUGUGGCGUAGUCACCUUGAUAAAGCCCCGAGCAAAAAGAAACCACCAUUAUUAAGAGCAAGAACUUUACCUGCCAUAAUAUGCCCUAGUCUCAAUAUUAUACAAGCACAACUGGAAGCAGAUGUCACAAGAGAUACUAGUCAAGAUAUUCACGGACGCGCAGAAGGUAAACCCAGGCGUCAUUUUUCUGGUUCAUCCGCAAAACAACCAAAAACCCUAGAGUUUGACAGAGAGCAUGAUUACCUGGAUCCAGAUUUUGAACCAGCCAAAUCUCCUUUGGGUUCUCCUCGAGCGAGUGUUACUUCUGUAACUUCCAGUACAUCAACGCAAUCAGCAGGAAAAGAAUCUUCAAAACAAAAGUAUGAAAUCACGAAAGCAGGAUUAGCAAGAUUAGCAAAACGCCUGACUUCGAAAGAAAAAUCCUCCACCAACAAAACAGUGCAGCAGUUCCCAUCUAUAAUUCCUAAUAUAGAAGUUACUCCUUUGCGACGAUCGGGUAGUGUGGACAGUUUGAUGGGAACAAACCUGUAUUCUAUAGAUGCUUCAGAUAUUUCGAAUUGUAGUUCCAUGGCAUGCCUGGUACCUUCUUGCUCAUCAACUAAUCUCUCUCCGACCAAUUUAUCGCCAACUGGUAGUCUGACUGUCCCUACGGAUGGCAGAACAAUUCCUACUUCUCCCAGUGUACCCGCAAAGCUCGAGGCACAUCGGCGAGGCGAUCUACCAUCGUCCCCCAGUGUGCCAAACAAGUUAACCAAAGGAUUAUAUGGACAAGACUUAGAAACUCCAGAAGUCUUGCUAGAUGGCCUACCUCUUAGUAAAACAGAAAGGAAAAGAUUAGAAAAAUUGAACAAGGUCAAUAUUGAUUUGCAAGCCUUAUUUGUUGCAGUAGAACACCAGCAUCUCGAAAGAGUUCGAUCUCUUCUUUCGUCAACAGACGUUAAUGUCAAUAGUGUAAACAAAGAUGGAUUCACUCCGUUAGACAUUGCUGUGAUGACUCUAGACAUAUCAAUGGUGCAAUUGCUUCAGGCUUAUGGAGCAAGAGAAACCACAAAAUUUCGAACAAAAGAAAGUAAGCGCAAUCAGUUAAUCAGCUUACUGAAGGAAUCAGAAAGAUAUGUGGAAGAUUUGACGUCAUAUGUGUUAAAUGCUGCAGCAAACGGCAGCUUGUCAGUAGCCUUAGUAAAGGAAAAAGAAAAGCAGUUGUCCUACUGGUCAAGAAAAAAAGAUCUGCUGAGUAGAAUGAAGACCGGAUUUGAUCAGCUGGAAAUUCCCGAUCCCCUUUCAUCUGUUUCUAUCGAUGUAGUUGGAACUAAAUCGUUGAAAGUUAGAUAUGUACCAAAUGCAUCUUUUCGAGAACCUGAAACUGUUGUUACGAAGUACAAAGUUGAAUGGAGUGUUCGACCCGACUUCCAUCCAUUAUCUGGUUCGCGUGAAACAGUUAAUCUUCAAAGACUUGAAAUAGUGCUUAACGAUUUAAUUCAUGGAGUGCCAUAUCAUGUUCGUGUAGCAGCCGGCAAUUCUAUUGGAUAUAGCUCAUACACGACUGCAAAUCCUCCAAGUGCUGCACCCUCCAGUUGGAUGGAUAUUAGCGGCAAAAAAUCACGUGCUUUUGGUCGCUUGUGUCAGCUCGACUACGUAUUUCAUCAAAUUAUUUUUACAAGACCUCCUUGCUCAUCAGAAAUUAAAGACAUCAUAUUUGGCAACACUUUAGAAACACCUCAGCAGCAGAGGAGACAAGUAAAGAAGAGUAUUAAGAAUCUUUUUACGCCGACACCUAAGUUUCAGAAAUAUAUGAAAAGGGGAGUCUACCUGGCCUGCCUUAUAUACACAGAUCAUAGAAUAUUAGUUACAACGGAAGACACGUUACCAAUCAUGGAAGUGGAUGACAGCUGUCCGAGCUGCUUGCAUAACGAUUUCCACUGGCUCAUGAAGGUUGCUUGUACGUGGGAGGACACUAAAGCUCUUCGAUUAGAAAUGGAGAAGACUCAAAGCUCUUCAUCUUUACACUUCCGUUGCAAACUUCUUCAAGCUGCAGAAAUGAUGCAGGCAGCCCUUGGCGUUCAAGACUUGGGUCAAUUCUAUUACAAACCAAUCAAAGACUUAGACGAUACGACUGUAUUAUGUACUGUUAAAUACGUUCCUGAUUCAAAGAGCUUCAACAAUCUGUCCUUAAGAUGGGUGCCAUUGGCAAAACUGCAGAGGAAGUUAAGCAUUAGUAAUGUCACUAGUCAAGAUGUAUUUACUGUAAAUUGCCUUCUACCUUCAGCUUCACAGGCAAUUAUGGCGUACAACCACGUAAGCAAAAUCCCAUUGUCAAGAGGUCUCUAUGUUGCUUACGUUAAAAUUAGUAGCUCUGUUGAUCUCAUACGCAUUCUGGUUCCCAAGAAAGCUCCAAAUGUCUUGCCUUAUUAUAAAGUCCGUGAUAAUCCACACGUAUCUUCUGAAGAAUGGUUAUGGUUGAAGUCACAAGCAACAGAAAGCAGAAUUAAUCCCUCACCAGCUCAGUUGAAAUUCCAGAAAAUAUUAUCAUCUGCAAUACGAAAUUUAUUAGCUGUUCUUGAAAUAUUUCCGGAACAAGUUGGUGAACAUAGACUUUACGAUAAUGAGGUCGUCGAGCUUAAUCCCGAAGUAUCACUUUUACUUUUAUUACCUCCUGUCGAUUCGUUGUGUUCGGUUCCUGGCCAAAAAGAUGAUAUAACGGAAAGAACAGACUGUGUUCUACUACCUCUACAAAUUUUUGAAAUGAUCCAUAUGUCAACUUAUCAACACAGUUUCAUAUCAAGAUAUUCCAGAGUUUCUUCUAUUUUGGAAAUGGAUACUGUAGUUGCUCAGCAUGUGCAUCGCCAGGCAUUUUCUACAUCCGAACUUGCAUCGGCGAAAUCGCGCCUUAGACAGCUACAGCAAUUUCAGACUCAAGUGGACAAUACCUGGAGAUCAAUGCGAUGGUUAAUGGACGUGCUCAACUUCGCUCGUGAUAAACACUCUACUGGGGGCAUAUUGCUCAGCAACUUUGUGAUAGAGAAGCCUGACUCCUCGCCAAGUUCCAGCCCCUCCCAAUCGCCUCAACAUUCCCAGUCUAUCCACACGCUUCAAGUCCCAACCGAUUUACCAGGACUCAAAAAGUUCCCUCGCCCCACUCCAUCCAUCCGUGUUACAAAUUCUUCUUCCAGCUUCUCCCUGACUGAAGCUUCAAGUCCCCCCGAAGAUUUAACUCACUUUACAACGUCCGAAAUGCGUCGGUGUGCUUCAACAUCUGGUCUGAUGCUGUCAGCAAGUUCAUCAGAAGACACACGCACUUGUACGCUGCAACCUUUUGUCGACAAGGCUUACAGUUCAGAGACACUAACUGUUAGCUACAACAUGGAUUCCCCUUCUGAUAAAUGUGAUAGUGUAGUGUGCACCGGUACUACUCCUGUAAAUGAAGAUGAACAAUUAGAUGCAAAUAAAAAUGAAGACGGAUCGGUAUCCCAGGAGGGCAUAGUGAUGAAGCUAGAACCAUCCGGACAAAGCUGCAAUUCAUUGUCCUCCAACGAGGCAACGAAUCCUGAUAUUGACGAUUUCGAUGAUGAUAUCAGUGACUAUAAAGAACAGCAAAUAGAUGCUCUUCUGCACCUUCCUCAAGAUGACAGCAGGGAUCAUCCCAGCGAAGAUGAGGAUAGUUUGACAGAUUGUGGUUUGCAAUUUAAACCAAUCCCGAAAGGUGAAGAUGAUCCUAGUGAGACUGACGAAGAUGAUUAUGAAUUCGUUUCAUCGAUUUUGGAUACAGCUGAUGAUGAAGUCGAUUCCGAGGAAGAUGAACUUCAAAUAUUUUUAGCAUAUUCAGAGAACAUUCCAGAGGGUAUGAAUAUAAAACUUAAAUUGAAUUCUGAGGCAACCGUGCAUGAAAUCGUUCAGGCAGUAACAAGUAAAGUAAAUGAAAUUAUAUUAGAAGGUAAUGCGGACAGUGAAAUGUAUAUUAGUGAUCAAAUCCUUGAUGAUAUCAGCUUAGUGGUAGAACAUGGUACCACCGAACGAUAUCUUAACGAUUCCUUCCAACCUCUCAAAGUACAGAAUCCUUGGACCAAAGGUAAACUUCUUAUAAAGCGACGACAAGAUGCGUGA